UCUCUCUCCACAAUUAUCUCCUCAUUCCCAGCUGCAAAUUGUAAUCUCUCACCAAAAAAGUCCUCUCACUACAAAAGAACUUCUCAUUUCCAGCUGCAAGCUCGAAUCCCUCACCAUAACUUCUUCUCUCACAACAAAAAGACCUCCUCAUUUCCAGCUACAAACUCCUAAUCCUGCAUUUAGAGAUACACACCAUUCUCUAAGAUUCAUAGUCCCUUCUUUUGGGAUUCUUUUCCAGUGUUUUGGUAUCUUUUCUAUCAUGGGGUCACUCCUAGGCUGGUGCUGUGGAGCUAAGGAGUCCAACCGUGGGAUGGUGCAAGAUGUGGGUGGUAACUCAUGGCGUGUGUUUACUUACAAGGAGCUGCAGGCUGCUACUAAUGGUUUUAGUGAAGAAUACAAGCUUGGAGAAGGAGGGUUUGGGAGUGUUUAUUGGGGGAAGACCACUGAUGGAUUGCAGAUAGCUGUGAAGAAAUUGAAGGCUAUGAACUCAAAGGCAGAGAUGGAAUUUGCAGUGGAAGUUGAGGUUCUAGGAAGGGUGAGACACAAGAACCUUCUUGGCCUUAGAGGCUACUGCGUUGGUGCGGACCAAAGGCUCAUAGUCUAUGAUUACAUGCCCAAUCUCAGCUUGCUUUCCCAUUUACAUGGCCAAUUCGCAGUAGAAGUUCAGCUUGAUUGGAAAAGAAGAAUGAAUGUUGCCAUCGGUGCUGCAGAAGGCCUAUUGUACUUGCACCAAGAGGCUAAGCCCCACAUAAUCCACAGGGACAUCAAAGCAAGCAAUGUGCUACUGGACUCCAACUACGAGGCCCAAGUUGCUGACUUUGGAUUUGCAAAGCUCAUCCCUGAUGGUGUUAGUCACAUGACCACGCGCGUCAAGGGCACGCUCGGCUACCUCGCCCCUGAAUACGCUAUGUGGGGUAAGGUCUCCGAGAGCUGUGAUGUCUACAGUUAUGGGAUCCUACUGCUAGAGAUAGUCACAGGUAAAAAACCAAUAGAGAAACUACCUGGAGGCCUCAAGAAAACCAUAACUGAGUGGGCUGAACCCCUCAUAGAAAAGGGAAAAUUUCAUGAAUUGGUGGAUCCCAAGUUAAGAGGCAACUAUGAGGAGAGUGAAUUGAGGAGAGCCAUACAUGUAGCUGGGCUAUGUGUUCAAGGUGACCCUGAGAAGAGGCCCAACAUGAGGGUAGUGGUUGAGACUCUUAAGGGUUGGGGGAUUAAGGAGAAGGAGAUGUCAUUGAGGAUUGAAAGUGCAAAGUAUGUUGAUGAAUUGAUGGCAGCUGAUCAACCCAGUGAUGAUGAAGUAGCUGGUGAGGAAAGCAACACGUAUGGGGUUUUUGGCACCAUGGAGGUGCACAAGACGCAAUCCCCCAAUGGGAAGAUGGCUUUCCAUAGGUGAGGAAAGCAAAGGAAGGAUCCAUCAAUGGAAAAUGAUGCACAUUCUGAAUUUUGUAUUUGAAUAUAUUAGUAUAUGUCUCCCUUGCAAAUGUAUUUUCUCAUUUAUGCUUUGCAUUUGUACAACCCAAAACCUUUUUAAUGGA